CACCAUCACACAGUGAAUUGUAUAGUAUCAUUCUAUAUCAUCACCAUCAUGUCAGGUGCACAGAGAGGAUCAAGGGUUGUUUUUGUUGGCAAUAUCCCAUACGAUAUGUCAGAAGAACAAUUAAUUGAAGUUUUUCGUGAAGUUGGAACGGUUGUUGGAUUUCGAUUGGUUUUUGAUCGUGAGACCGGGAAACCAAAAGGAUACGGAUUUUGUGAAUUUGAAGAUGGUGAAACUGCUGCUUCGGCAGUUAGAAAUUUAAAUGAAAAAGAAGUUGGUGGUAGACCGAUGAGAAUCAGUUUUGCAGAUGUUGAUCCAAUGUUUGAAGGAAGAACAACUUCAAUGGGACAGGUUGAAGGUGAAGAACCUUUACAGGCUUCUGGAAGACCUCCUGCGAGAAGAACUAUGGGACCACAAGGACAAAAUAGACAAUCUGGUCCACCACCUCAGCAACCGCAACAGCUGCCGCCUAAUCUACCACAAGGACAACAACUACAGCCGGGAAUAGGCGCAACGGAUGCAAUCUCGCAAACAUUGGCUGCUUUACCACCAAAUCAAUUACUUGACAUUCUAUCACAAAUGAAAGGCUUGGCAACAAUGAACCCGGAUCAAGCUAAAAUUCUAUUGAACGGUCACCCUCAAUUAGCAUACGCAUUAUUCCAAGCUAUGUUGAUGAUGAAUGUGGUGGAUGGUAGUAUUCUAGAGCGAGUUCUUACACAAUCUGGUGCAUUGGGAGUCCCACCUCAACAAGCACCACCGCAACAGCAAUUCCAACAACAUCCACCACAAGGACCACCUCAUAUGGGAUACGGACAACCUCCACCAUUUGAUGGCAUGCAUUCUGGCCCGUACGGUGGACCUCCUCCCCCUCAACAAGGCGGUCAAGUGAACAAUCUUCCGGAUGAUCAACGUGCUCUAUUGGAAGAAGUUCUCAAGCUCACACCUGAUCAAAUUGCCGCCUUACCACCAGACCAAAGGGAAGGGAUUUUGCAACUUAAAGCAUCUCUCGGUCAAGUGUAAUAAUAGUACGUUUCCCUGCUCUCAGCGCAUCUCUUGUAUACAUAUCAAUCCAAAUAUAAAUGUCAC